AUGCAACAAUACUUCAAUGCCAAGACACAACCAAAUAGCCUAGCAUUUGCGUGUGGUCUGUCUGACACUCAUACAAAUACAGCUCUCCCGAAGAAACGCUCAAAUCAGUUUCCGAUUAUUCCAGCUACAGCUAUGACUAUGACUGAGGAACUUGACGUUGUGCCUGCUCUUCCUGCCAAAACCAUCAGCAAAGCUUUAUCAGCAGGGACUCCAGAGCCGAGCAAUGUCUCCGUUGGCAUCGACACACUCCAGUGCUCGAGGCAGCGCAAAGUGCUGGACACAGUAGACAAGCUCAGAACCUGCGGUCUAGGCAGUGAAAUCUCACUUCCUCAGCUAGUCGUGUGUGGAGAUCAGUCAGCUGGCAAGAGCAGUGUUCUAGAGGCUUUGACUGAGAUCACAUUUCCCAGAGCCGACGAGCUCUGUACUCGUUUCGCAACAGAGAUAGUUCUUCGCCGUGCUGCGUCGGAAGCGAUUGCGAUUAAGAUAAUUCCAGACACCUUGCGAUCGUCUAACGAACAACACGCCAUCAAAGCUUUUAAUGAGUAUAUAACUAACUUCAACAGUCUCACUACUUAG